UUUAGAUAAACUAAUCUAUAACAAUACAGCCAUACAUCAACAUGCUUUUCAUCAUUAUUUUUGCUCUCUUAUUUUUCAUUCCUAGCCUAAUCGCUUUUGAUCCGUAUACAAUCUAUACCCAACUUAAUUUACCUUCUGGAGUUCUUGGCCCUGAUUCUGUUACCUUAGAUCGGUUUAGAGGAGGACCUUAUGUUGCUGUCAAUGAUGGUAGAGUUUUGAAGUAUGAUGGUUCGAAUUUUCAAGAUUUUGCAUUUACCUCGCCAAACAGGAGUAAGAAUUUAUGUGAUGGAACGAAAGACCUAAACUUAGGUCCAAAAUGCGGAAGGCCAUUUGGAUUUAGUUUCAAUACAAUAACUGGAGUUCUUUACAUUGUAGAUGCUUAUCUUGGUCUUUUUAAGGUUGGACCAAAUGGUGGACAAGCAACUUUACUAGCCAAUAGUGCUAAUGGUGUACCAUUUAAGUUCCUUACUGGAAUUGAUGUUGAUAUACCCACUGGAUUGGUCUAUUUCACAGAUGCAAGCACAACCUACUCUUUGAAGGAUGCCCUUGAAGGUAAAUUUCCUCCUAGUGAUUCAACCGGAAGAUUAUUGCAAUAUGAUCCCAUCACUAGACAAGUCAAAGAGUUAUUAAAAGGGGUUCCUGCACCAGUAGGACCCGCAGUUAGCAUCGAUAGUUCAUUUGUGAUAUUCUCCCAAUUUUAUGCACAAAAAGUGGUGAAAUAUUGGCUUAUGGGGCCAAGAACAGGUGCUACUGAUAUUUUACUAAAUUUACCAGGCAAUCCUGUUAAAGUUAAAAGAGCUGAAAAACCCGGCGAAUUUUGGGUGCCCGUAAAUCAUAAUUUUUUGCCAUCCGGUUACAAAUUCAAUUCACGAGGUGAUAUUCUUCUCGUAAAAGAUCUUUCCAAGCAAUUUGUCAAUGCUCGAGUGGAUGUAAUUCAAGAAUAUGAAGAAGUAAUCAUCUAUGUUGGGUCAGUUGAAGCUAAUUUUGUUGGCGUGUUCAGUGGAUGGUGAUAAGUGAAAACAAGAAUAUAGGAUCAGAUUGUCUUUUAGAACAAGUUGGUAAGAAUAAUCAAUAAUUGCUUCUUUGUUUUGAUAUAUGAAUAAGCACAUCUAUGUGAUGCAAAUUUUAAGUAUGUUUUUCAAGAAAAUUAUCAUAGCUAAAUUCGAUAAUAUAUGUGAUGAAUUUUCUCCAAUAGGAGAAAUGUAACUCAG